CGCCAGGGAACCAGGUUUUCUACCGUGUUCCUAAACUCCUAAAUCAUGUCUAAAAGCUACGUUUUUUCGAAGCAAAGAUACACAACGUCAAGCGUCUGCUAUACACAUUACACAUAGAGGAGAACGUCGCUGCUGAGUAACGUUACUUGCAAGGGCGAAAAUGCUGCAAUAACGCGUACAGUCCGUGGUAAACGAUACCACUACAACGUUAGCCAUCAACAUUUCAUCUCUAAGAAUAUGGUACAAUAAGAACGUUUCAUUCUCCCCCGCCUUAAGUAAAACCUGACCCUAAAAAUCUUAGAAAUGAUCCGAGGACACGCAGAAUCGGGUGGACGUGAUCGAGGAAGUGCGACUGGAUUGUAAUGUGACGUGUCGAAUAAUGACGGACCAAAGGGGCUGAGCACAAAUGUAUUUCCCACAUAUACACUCAGAGAGAGCCACGUAAUUACUUCACCUUGUAAUAUAACACACCGUCUCUUUUGAGCAAUAAAUAAACGCGCGAGUAAAGGUCGACGAGCCGUUUAUUUACUCUGCGUUAUUUGAUAUUCAGUGGGAGGAGAGAGAAAGCGAGAGGUGGUUCAUUUCUAAGCGCGUGAACGCCAGAGGAAAAGCACUCUUGAACAGAAUGAGAGAAUCGAUCAGCUGACCUUCUGUCUCGUUAUUACUACUACCAAUAAGUCUCGAAUCCCGGCAGGACUCUCUCUGUGUUGCUGGUUUUCCCAUUAUUUAAACGGGAUUGGAAAUAUUUAUCCGAACUGCAUUUUAUAGAGUUUAGAGGACAGAGACAGAGAUGUCGCUUUACGUUGAAGGUCUGAGUAAAGAGUUACAGAGCAACACCAACAAGAUGGCUCAGUUUCAGGAAGUGAUGCGACAGCAGCUGGAGAGCUCUAUGCACACCGAGCUGGAAAAACUCUUGAGCACAGCCAAAGGUGCAAAAGCUGAGGUGUCUAAGAAGGACUUUGAAGGCUUUAGGAAUUUAUUCCACCGAUUUCUGCAGGUGAAGGGACCUUCAGUAGAGUGGGCAAAAAUCAACAGGCCCCCUGAGGACUCGAUCCAGCCAUUUGACAAAAUCAAGGCAAAGGGUCUACCAGACAACAUAGCAGACAGUCUGAAUAAGCUGGUGGUGGUGAAGCUGAAUGGAGGUCUGGGAACCAGCAUGGGCUGCAAAGGGCCCAAGAGCCUUAUUAGCGUCCGUAACGAGAACACUUUCCUGGAUCUAACAGUCCAACAGAUUGAGCACUUGAAUAAAACAUAUAAUGCUGAUGUUCCACUGGUGCUUAUGAACUCUUUCAAUACGGAUGAAGACACUAAGAAGAUCCUACAAAAAUACACGCACCACGGAGUCAAGAUACACACUUUCAACCAGAGCAGGUAUCCACGCAUAAACAAGGAGUCAUUGUUGCCGGUCGCUAAGGACAUGGCUAUGACAGGAGAGAAUGCAGAUGUGUGGUAUCCUCCUGGUCAUGGUGACAUUUAUGCCAGCUUUUAUAACUCCGGUCUGUUGGAGCAGCUCAUCGCUGAAGGGAAGGAGUAUAUUUUUGUCUCCAACAUCGAUAACCUGGGCGCAACGGUAGACCUGUAUAUACUGAACCAUCUGGUGAGCCAGCCGAACGGCAAACGCUGUGAGUUCAUCAUGGAGGUCACAGACAAGACCAGAGCAGAUGUGAAGGGAGGUACGCUCAUUCAGUAUGAUGGUAAGCUUCGGUUAUUGGAAAUCGCCCAGGUUCCCAAAGCUCAUGUAGAUGAAUUCAAAUCAGUGACCAAGUUUAAGAUCUUCAACACCAACAACCUGUGGAUCUCCUUAUCUGCCAUAAAGAGGCUACAGGAACAGAACGCCAUGGACAUGGAAAUCAUAGUCAACCCUAAGACUAUAAAUGGGGGACUGAAUGUCAUUCAGCUGGAGACUGCAGUGGGUGCUGCCAUCAAGUGCUUUGAUAACGCCUUGGGCAUCAAUGUGCCUCGCAGCCGCUUCCUGCCUGUCAAAACCACAUCUGACCUCCUACUGGUUAUGUCCAACCUGUACAGCCUGGAGGCAGGGUCUCUGACCAUGAGUGAGAGGCGCGAGUUUCCCACAACUCCUCACGUCAAACUAGGCAGCUCCUUCACCAAGGUUCAGGAAUAUCUCACACGAUUCGAGAGCAUUCCAGACAUGCUAGAGUUGGAUCACUUGACGGUGUCUGGUGACGUCACCUUCGGAAAGCAAGUCUCUCUAAAGGGAACCGUCAUCAUCAUAGCCAACCAUGGAGACCGAAUCGACAUUCCAGCCGGCUCUAUGUUGGAAAAUAAAAUAGUGUCCGGAAACCUUCGGAUUCUGGACCACUGACGCCUUUGUGCGGUGUGACCUGGAUGCAGAAUCACAUGACUGACCAACACCUGUCAUUGUCCUCAUCAUCAUAACCAACCAUUAGGGAUGUAACGAUUCACUCGACUCACGAUUCGAUUCACGAUUUUGAUUUCACGAUUCGAUUCGAUUUGCGUUUUUUUUUUUUUUUUUUUUUUUUUUUUAC